AAUAUUUUGUAGAGGGAAGGAGCCAAAAUCGCUGAAACGUAGACAGGGGUUGCCCUUGUGCUGUAACAUUACCAACCUACCUUAUUAACCAGUGACGACGGAUUAACCCUCGUCUCAAGCCCCUCACUCAGCCUCAGACACGACACCCGCGAGACAGCCACGUGGCCAUCUUCCAAUGGCUGGCUCGGAUGGCCGGGCCCGCGCGUCAGGAAAUUUACCGUGCCCGGCUAUAUAAUGGCGCUGCCGUUUACCGGGCUACUCCUGUCCUGUCCCUGUCGCCUGCUCACGUUCCAUUCAUCGCCCGGCUUCAGCGAAGCCAAGUACAGUGCUCGAUCGCACGCUGUCUGCCUGCCCCCGCCACUGGAUGCGCCUCGCCGCCGGCAAUGGCGUCCGCCGUAGCUAGCAGCGUGCACGCGGGACCCGCCGCGGCAGGGGCCUUGACGUUCGGGUGGCUCGGCCCGCGCCUGUCCCUGGGCGGCCGCGACGCCUCCGCCACCGCCGCGGAGGCGGAGGAACCCGCCGCGGCGUCCAAUGCGGCGGAGCCGGCGAUCUCCAAGGACUUCAUCGACUUCGAGUUCUGCCUCGGCGUGUCGUCCACCACGAUGCUGCCCGCGGACGAGCUCUUCGCCGACGGCAAGCUGCUGCCGCUCCGCCCCCCGCAGGCGGCCGCCGCCCGCGGGGUGGAGAGGCGGCGGGACACCGCGCUGGUCGAGGAGGUCCCGGCCGCACCGGAGCUGAGCCGGGCGGCGCGACUCUCCGCGCCCGAGGCGGCGCUGGACCUGGACCCGUACGUGUUCUCGCCCAAGGCGCCCACGUGCUCUAGCCGGUGGCGGGAGCUGCUGCGGCUCAGGAAGGCCGGCCAGACGCCGUCCGCGUCCGCGUCGCCCCCGGCAUCCCCCGCGGCGACCCCUUCGUCGAGGGCAUCCAGCUCCUCGGCGGCCAGGUCGCUGAAGCUGCUCCUCCAGCGGAGCGGCGGCGGCCGCGUGGCGGACCUCGCCGCGGCGCCUCUCCUGCUGCGCGACAGCUCCGACUCGGAGGCGUCGCUGUCGCUCACGUCCUCCCGCUACUCGCUCUCGUCGUCGUCGUCGUCGUCCGGGCACGACCACGACGACUUCCCGCGCCACUCCCUCGACUCCGUGGACCCAACCCCACGUCCCCGCAUCCGCCUUGUCCGCUCCCACCCCCAGGCGCCGCAGCCGCAACCACACCCGCCCGUCUCUGCUUCGGCCUCUGCUCCCGCUCCCGCUCCUGCGCGCGCCGCGCAUAGCCCCGCUCGCCGCCGCCCGUCUCCGUCGCCCUCGCCGCCGCCGCCGCAGCAGCAGCAGCAGCAGGCAAGCGUGAUCUCGGUAGACUCCCCCCGCAUGAACGCCUCAGGCAAGAUCGUGUUCCAGGGCCUAGAGCGCAGCUCCAGCUCCCCCGCCGGCAGCGCCCACUCGUCCAUGCGGUCGCGGUCGCGGUCCCGGUCCCGCGUGAUGGACCGGUCCUACUCGGCCGGCGUCCGCGCCACGCCGGUCGUGCUCAACGUCCCGGUGUGCUCGCGCCCGGUGUUCGGCUUCUUCAAGGACAAGAAGGAAGCCGCGGCGGCCGCCGCGCGGUCGCGGUCGGCGCUGGGCCGGAGGACGACGACGACGACGACUGCUGCGGCCGGUGGAGUGGGCGGCAGAGAUCUCGGCAAUGGUAAACUGACAUCGUUCGUUUUGGCUGACUAAAAGAGCUAGUAGGCGACAAUUAGCUAGUGGUUCUUCGGCCGCGACAAGGAAAUAGAUCAAAAGGAGUUUGAGGACUUGGGGGUAGAAGAGGUGGGUGGGGGCUUAGUUUGGGAUCUCGUCCGGAGAAGAGAGACGAUUGGGUGGAUAGUUUCGGUCAGCUGAUUUCGUUUCGUGAGGCAAAUAGUUUUGCGAGCAGUUUGACCAAACACCCCGGGACCGUUUUGCUCCUGUAAUGCAAUUAUGCAAAUCCUGCCUGCCCCGUGGUCUUUUUGCUAGUCUUCCCCGUAUGAUCCUUUGUAGUAGUCCACUGUACUAGGCUACCAGCACAUUUGUUGACCUUUUUAGGCUCUGGCAGGUCCGCAGUGAGGAGAAAAAGAAAAGAAAAUAAGCUUUUGUGCAUUUGUUUGUUUGUUUGUCUGCCAGUUCUUUGCCGUACCAGCACGCACAUUUGUGUGAACUGAAAAGCUGGGUGGAAAAAAAGAAGAGAAAGGGACUUUGUAUGUUUUAGUAAACAUGAAACAUCGCAAUUGUGUUUGUCAUUGCCUGGUUAA